UUGAGGGAGUGGUCUUCUCACUUAGAAGAUCUUUGGCCACAAAGCAGCAACACAGAAACAUGGCAGACAGCGCGGCUAAACCCGACACUGAGGAAUUAUAUCAGAAAGCGAAGAGGGCGAAAGCUGACAAUGACAAUGGCGGAGGAGAAGCUGGAGAGGAACCUGAAUGUGAAAAUAUUCUGUCCGAGUUCAAAACGUCUAAAGUCUUGAGUGAUUCAGCCCGGGAGAAAAACAUCUUCAUCCACGGAAAGCUUGCUGAUCAGGAUGCUGUGGUUAUCUUGGAGAAGACCCCCAUCAGAGAAGACACCCUCGCUGAGCUCUUCACCGGUUCAAAGUUGAAGCUGGAGAUGAGGAACGAUAUCUACAGUACUUAUCGGUUACAAGCUCCCCCUCAACUCAAUGAGAUUAAGACUACAGUCGUGUUUCCAGCCACAGAGAAGCAUAUAAAGAAAUACCAGCGUCAGGAGAGUUUCCUGGUGGAGGAGACGGGAGUGGACUAUCAGUCCAUCACGUUGCCCUACAUUCAGAAGCAGAGUUUCAGUGUGCAGUGGGUACACAACAUCUUGGAGAAGAAGGCCGAGGCUGACAGGAUAGUUUUUGAAGAUCCAGACCCAACAGUUGGAUUUGUCCUCCUACCAGAUUUCAAAUGGGACCAGAAACAGGUUGAUGAUUUAUACCUUAUUGCCAUAACACAUCAGAGAGGCAUCAGGAGUCUCAGAGACCUGACGUCGGAGCACCUCCCUCUGCUGCAGAACAUCUUCCAGAAGGGAAAGGAGGCCAUUCUGCAGCGCCACAAGCUUCCAGCCAGUAAGCUGCGAGUGUACCUGCACUACCAGCCGUCCUACUACCACCUCCACGUCCACUUCACCAAGCUGGGCUACGAGGCGCCGGGCUGCGGCGUGGAGCGGGCCCACCUCCUCGCAGACGUCAUCCAAAACCUGCAGUCCCAUCCCGAGUACUACAAAACCCGGACCCUGUACUUCCCCCUGAGGGCGGACGACGGGCUGCUCAGCAAAUACAAGGAAGCAGGGAGGCUGUGACUCUUAAAAGCUGACCAUCCUUUCUGAGUUUUUAUACAUCCUCUUUUUUGUGUUUCUUAAUGGUAUGAACACCUGUGCUUCUAUAAAUGAAUCAAACUUUAUUUAUACAGCACUUUUUAAACACAAAAGGUAAAACAAGGUUCUUCAGAAGACCAAAUAAAACCAGACAAAAAACAAUACCAACGCCUCCUCCUAAUAUAGAGUAUAGACGUGUGAUUAUCAAAAACACUUACUGAAGUCAAUCAACACAGGACUGAACUAAACAAGAAUACAUUAUAUUAAAGGUAAUUGAGGUUUUUCCACUGAUUUAUAGUUGCCAACAUUUUAUAAUAUUUGUAUACACAUUGCGUUACAGAAUUUGUACAUGUUUGAGUAAAUCUUCAGCAAGGUGUUUUUCUAAAUAAUUUCCAGUUUAUUCCUGCUUUCAUUCUGAGAGAGAGAAGUGGAGGCUACAUUUGUCAAACCAUUAGAUACAUUUGUUUUUGCCAAGCUCCGUUCAUGUUCUUUAAAUGUUAACUGAAUUAAAGAUUCAUUUUUUCUA